UUUCAUCAGAUACGAAAGCAUACCCCCCUUUCUAGUGUGACUGUUCGAUAUCAUUCCAGUCGUAUCAAACUGCUAACAGACCUCUAUCAGCAUUAAGGAUACUUGAACAGAUUCGUUCCAGAAUGGUUUACACACUUGAGAACAGCUCAAAGAAGUGGCCAUGUGUAAUACUCGCAUUAUUGCUCUUUGUAAGUAUCGGUGUGGCUAUUUUCACAUUGGUGACGACUUCGGAUUCAGUGCAGGACGCGAGGAAAUGUCAGAGCGAUCUUAAGCUUCAGAACCACUACCAUUCCCAGCGUGUUCUGGAGUGGGAGAAGGAACGGGAGAACUUGCUGGCUCAGCUGGAGACCAGCAAAACGGAUCAAGCAAGGCUACAGGCAGUAGUGGCGCAGGGAGAGGAGAACCUGAAGACCGUUAAUUCAGCCCUUACCAUGUGCCAGGAACAAACGAACAUUUUAUACGCAAAUCUCACAGCAGUGGAAAAUCAGGUUUUGAUGCUGAAAAGUGAACAGGCCAAUGUGACAGCGGAAAUGCAAGGUGAAAUCGAUUCACUUCGAAAGAACUUGACCCGCAUAUCGCAGGAGCUGCAGAGUACCAACCAGCAGUAUACUCAGGCCAUGGAGAGCAAGCAAGCAGCUGACUCUCUGCAUCAGGAGCAGCUCUCUAAGAUCAAGGUCUUGAAGGAGGAGCUGUCAGUCCUCAAUGGGGUGAACAGACCUGGGCGUGUUUACAGCAUCACUGCUCUUUGCAUAGCGGCACUGCUAAUGGCUCUGUGAAUGUGCAAUAGAAAGGAGUGUUGGGUCAGGAUUGGGAGGGUGGCGAGACCCAGGAGAGUCUGAGUGGAAGUCUCUGAAUCUACCAGAAAUGAAUGUGAAGAGCCAAAGUUAUACUGAAUCAAUACAAAUUGUGCACAUUGAUUUCUGAUAUAAUAUGCACUACUGGUGUGAGGGGCUUUUUUUUGUAGUAGAAAAACAGUUAUGUUGAAUCAAGCUGUUAUUUGAAAAUGUAAAUUGCAAGAGAUGACAAUGGAUAGUUUAAUGAAAAUAGGAUAAUAGCUUAAUAAACAUCUGCAUGCAUGUUA